AUGUACCUGGCCAGGGUAUAUUCCGAGUCAUCCGACUCUGAACUGAGACCGAUCUCCCCAACCAUCUCGCCAAUAAUCAACAUUGAUGAGGGCCUGGACAUAGACGGGACCACCUUCGUCUCACCACUGCCAACUUCUCCUACACUGCCUGGACAGCCACCCGAGUCACAGGAGAAAAAACUUUACCAUCCUUAUCUUUCUGGUGAAAAAUGUGAUAAAGAUGGUGAGCCUUUGCCUCCGGAUAGUCCACCCCCACCUCUUGCUGCCAUUCCAAAUGUCUGGGCCCCGUUUGAUGGAGAAGUUCAGUUUCGUCUGGCCGAUUUCCUCUUCCACAAAGUCGAGAUGUCACAGAGAGAUAUCGAUGAACUUAUGGACUUGUGGGCCCUUGACCUGCACAAGCACGAGGAUGACGCACCAUUUGAUAACCAUCAAGCUCUUUACAAGGCUAUUGAUGAAAUUCAUGUUGGAAGUGCACCAUGGAAAUGCUUUCAGACCGUUGUACCACCCAAUCUUGGUGCAGAUGCUCCAGACUGGCAGAAGCAGCCAUAUCAAGUAUGGUUUCAUGACCCCGAUCUGGUCAUCGCCAACAUACUGGUGAAUCGGGACUUUGAGAAGGAGUUUGAUACAGCACCCUACGUGCAUCUCGACGCUCACAAUCAACGGCGGUGGAGUGACUUUAUGUCUGGGAAUUAUUCAUGGCGACAUGCAACCCAGAUUUACGAAGCAAACAAUGAUACUGAGGGUGCCAUGUACAUUGGUGUAAUUCUCGGCAGUGACAAGACUACGGUUUCAGUUGCGACAGGCAAUGUGGAAUAUUACCCGGUUUAUCUUUCCAUCGGAAACCUCCACAACUCCGCUCGACAAGGCCAUCGUAAUGGGGUCGUACCAAUUGCUUUCCUUGCCAUUCCUAAGUCGGAUCGGAAAUACGACUGCGACCUUGCCUUCUGGCUUUUCAAGAAGAAAUUGUAUCACCAAUCUCUCACAGCUAUACUCCACUCCCUGCAGCCUGCAAUGACCGUACCAGUAGUGCGACAGUGCCCUGAUGGAUUUUAUCGGCGGGUAAUCUAUGAUCUGGGUCCAUACAUCGCUGAUUAUCCAGAGCAAGUUCUUUUGGCAGGGAUUGUCCAAGGCUGGUGCACCAAGUGUACUGCUCCUGCGACCAAUCUGGAUGGAUCAGGAGAUCGGUGUUCAUGCACACAUACUGAGGCUUUACUGGAGUCUCUUGCUGGGCAGGGUGAUGUGUUAUGGGACAAUUAUGGCAUUGAUGAGGAUAUUCUGCCAUUCACCUUCAAUUUUCCUCAUGCUGAUAUUCAUGAGAUGAUGUCCUCGGACCUUCUACAUCAGAUUAUCAAAGGGUCUUUCAAGGACCACCUGGUGGAGUGGGUGUUCGAAUCACCGAAUUGCUGCAAUGCCUCCCUUCCCUGGGCUACAAUAAUUUCUGCAGGGUCGAAGAUUCAAGCAAUGGACUGGGGACGAUUCAAAAGCCCUAAUGAAGCUGUGGUUUCAGACUAUCUCCCGGAAUCCAUCAUGCGAUGUCUCUCAGCAUUUAUGGACUUUUGUUAUCUCAUUCGGCAUUCAGACUUCGAUGAGACUACGUUAAAACAAGUCCAAGACACUAUCCAACGUUUUCACCAUUACCACGAGGCUUUCAGAGUGGCUGGUGUGCAUGAAGACUUCUCUCUUCCUCGACAGCAUGCCAUCGUGCAUUAUCCUAGCCACAUUAUGGAAUUCGGCGCUCCUAAUGGUCUUUGCUCCUCCAUCACUGAAUCGUGGCACAUUACUGCUGUCAAAAAGCCAUGGCGACGAUCCAAUCGAUAUAACGCUCUGAGUCAGAUGUUACUCACGAAUCAAUGGCUCGACAAGCUUGCAGCUCUGCGUGCAGAUCUAGUUCAGCAGGGUCUUCUUGAACCUUUGCAUGCGCCUCUGCCAGAUCCAUUUGAUACAGGAUUGGAGGAUGAAGGCACUGUUGAUGGGGAUCACAUCAUGGCAGAGGUUUCAUUGGCUAGGACCGCAGAGCGACUAUAUCCCAGAAAUAUUGUGCAGCUGGGUCACUAUGUAGGACAAGCCAAUUUGCAUGAGCUUACACAGCGAUUCCUCUACGAGCAACUGACAGGAGAAUCUUCUGAUCAUGUCAGUCUGGACGAAUGCCCUAAAAUCACCAUGCCGAUAUCUGUCUUUCAUUCCGCCACUGCAACAUUCUAUUCUCCUAGUGACAUCUCUGGCAUCAGGGGCAUGCACCAUGAACAUAUACGUGCCACACCAUCAUGGCAUGGUUAUCCUCGAUAUGAUUGUGCUCUCACUGUCACUAAUGAGAGGGAGUCAGGAUUUCGGGGCAUGAGUGCUGUUCGUAUUUUGCUCUUGUUUUCUUCCAGACACGAGGGCACAGAGUUUCCUUGCACAUUGGUGCAUUGGUUCAAGAGGCAUGGUCAUAGCCCAGACCCUAAAAUGGGCAUGUGGAUUGUACAACCCGAGUACCAGGGUGUUAGGCACAAUGCAGUCAUCACUGUGGUUCAUUUGGAUGCACUUCUACGUGGUGCUCAUUUGAUGCCUGUGUUUGGAGCUAAAACAUUACCACACAAGUUUCAUUAUUCACGUUCUCUGGACUGCUUCAGUGCAUUUUAUAUCAGUAAAUACGCAGAUCACCAUAUGCAUGAGAUUGUUUAA